UGCAGAUGGGAUUCACGUCUGCACCUCAACGCAGCACAACGCCAUCGAUGUUUUGAGAUCUACAUGCGUCUGGACUGGGCUAUUCUUGUUCCAGCGAGUUAUUUUCAGUCUGGCCCAGACUAUGUCCCUCAAACAUCAGGCUAGCUGUCCGUGAACACAAACGGUUCAUUAAAUCACGAUUUAGACAUGGCAGAGUACAUCAUUCGGUUUAGUGCUGGAUUGAAAUUGGGUCGGAGAAUUCUGAGUGCUUGUAGUGUGGGAAAGAGUUCUGCAAAUGUGUCAUCGACCGCUCAACGUUUCUACAGUAUAGAUCACCCCUCCUUUGGACUUCUGUUUGAUAUCGAUGGAGUUCUUGUGCGUGGAAGAACACCCAUCCCAGCGGCCAAACAGUGCUUCAGGAAUCUGGUGGACAGGAAUGGGAAGUACAAGGUGCCAGUUGUCUUUGUGACCAAUGCAGGAAACUGUGUACGGCAAACUAAAGCUGAGCAACUGUCCCACAUACUUGAAGUCGAGGUGUCUCCAGAUCAAGUCAUGCUGUCCCACAGUCCCCUGAGAGUCUUCAGUCAGUUCCAUGACAAAUGUGUGCUGGUGUCUGGACAAGGACCCGUAUUGGAGGUUGCCCAAAAUCUAGGGUUCCAAAAUGUUAUAACUAUAGACAUGCUUCGGGAAGCAUAUCCCCUUCUGGAUGUGGUAGAUCACCAUCGUAGACCCAAGAACUGUGUACGUCCAACAAAGGAUCUUCCAACUAUAGAUGCUGUGAUUCUGUUUGGUGAACCAAUCAGGUGGGAGACCAACCUUCAGCUGAUUGUAGACGUUCUCCUGACCAAUGGGAAACCAGGCAAUGCAUCGUCUUCUCUGCCAUAUCCCCACAUCCCAGUGCUGGCCUGUAACAUGGACCUGCUCUGGAUGGCCGAGGCCAAAAACCCGAGGUUUGGUCAUGGGAUGUUCCUCGUCUGCCUGGAGAGCAUUUAUAAGAAGAUUACUGGUUGUGAGCUGAAGUACGAGGCCUUGAUUGGGAAGCCUAGUGUUGUGACCUACAACUACGCAGAGCUGCUGGUCCGGAAACAGGCCGAGGAUCUGGGCUGGACUGCACCGGUUGAGCGUCUUUAUGCUAUUGGUGACAAUCCAAUGGCGGACAUCUACGGCGCCAACCUCUACAACCGGUACCUGAAGGCAUCGCACCGCACCCGGGCCCAGGUGCAGGCCCAGGGAGGGGGCCACCCCCGGCAGCAGGACCUCAUCCCUGAAGAAGCAGCAGGAGCAGGAGGGCAGGAUGUCGUGACGGACGGCGACGACUCCUUCAGCGACGGCGACCGUCUCCCCGAAGGCUGCAGCUCCAUCCUGGUGUGCACGGGCGUCUACAACCGGGACCAGCCAGAUCUCCCCCAGGACCCGCAGGAGACGGUCACCGAGCAACGCAUCUUCCACGGACACCGCGACUUCCGCUUCGACCCCAGCCUCACACAGCCCUCCUUCGUGGUGCAGGACGUUCGCGAGGCCGUGGAGCUGGUCUUCCAACAGGAGGGAUGCCUGCUCGACUAGAAAUGCAGUACGACUCUCUUGAGGGACAAACACACAAAACAAGCAGUUCAGGCCUGCUGCUUUACAGAGGGGUAUACUAAUGUCUCUUUUCCACUGCCGGUUUUCUCGUAGGCCUACAACUUAACACAGCGCGUCUUGGGCACCACUUUUUGCUUUACGAUUGCGCUGUUAUGCCUAUUCGAAAAGCAAAAAGUGGCGGCCGAGUCGAGCUCUGUCGAGCUGUAGGCCUACCAGAAAACCGGCAGUGG